UUCCUACAUCUCACUCUUCUUGUUUUCUCAACUCUCUUCCUUAUUUAAACCAAAGCCCGCAACGCCAAACAUAGUAUCAGUUAUGGCUUUGUCUUCACUUAUUUCCAAUAUUCUUCUUCUGCUUCUUCUCUCUUUCACCAAACAAGCUUUAUCUGUGUCAAAGCUUUCAGUAACUGAUCAUAAUCAUAAUUAUCUUAGCCGGGAAAUUCUGGCAGAACAAGAAGCUGAUAGAGUUUAUGGAUUACCAGGGCAACCACCAGUGAAAUUCAAACAAUACGCAGGUUAUAUCACUGUCAAUGAAACUCAUGGCAGAGCACUGUUUUAUUGGUUCUUCGAAGCCACUCACAAACCAGAAGAAAAACCAGUUCUAUUGUGGCUCAAUGGAGGCCCAGGUUGUUCCUCGAUUGGUUAUGGAGAAGCAGAGGAAUUAGGACCCUUCUUCCCUCAAGACAGUAGCCAGCCAAAGCUAAAGUUGAACCCUUAUUCAUGGAACAAUGCUGUGAAUCUUCUGUUUUUGGAAAGCCCUGUUGGAGUGGGAUUCUCCUACACCAACACCACCAGUGACAUUGAUCAGCUUGGUGACAGCAUUACUGCUAAAGAUUCACACAUCUUUAUCAUAAACUGGUUUAGGAGGUUCCCACAAUUCAGAUCACACAAGUUCUACAUUGCUGGUGAAAGCUAUGCAGGGCACUAUGUUCCACAACUUUCUGAGCUUAUCUUCGAUAACAAUCUCAACCGUGCUGAGAAAGACUACAUUAACUUCAAAGGAUUCCUGAUUGGAAAUGCAUUAUUGGACGACGAAACAGAUCAAAAGGGUAUGAUAGAUUAUGCAUGGGAUCAUGCAGUGAUAUCUGAUGCACUAUACCACAACAUCACAGCCAUAUGCAAUUUCAACCGUCCAAUUCAAAACCAGACAACCGAAUGCAACACGGAACUGAAUAAGUACUUCGAUGUGUAUAAGAUUAUUGACAUGUAUAGCUUGUACACUCCCAGGUGUUUCAGCAACCUCAGCAGCACCUCUCAAACUUCUUCCAAAAUUAAUAGGUGGCAAAGAAAACGAGCUGGCUAUGAUCCCUGUGCAUCCGAUUACACUGAAGCUUACCUGAACAUUCCAGAAGUUCAAAAGGCACUGCAUGCCAAUGUCACAAAAAUUCCCUAUCCAUGGACUCAUUGCAGUGAUAACAUCACAUUUUGGAAUGACUCACCACAGUCCAUUCUUCCUGUCCUCAAGAAGCUUGUUGCUGGUGGUAUUCGCAUCUGGGUUUACAGUGGAGACACUGAUGGAAGAAUUCCAGUAACAGCGACAAGAUACACACUGAGAAAGUUGGGACUUGGGAUUGUGGAGGAUUGGAGUCCAUGGUACACUAGCCGGCAGGUGGGAGGAUGGAGCAUUGUGUAUGAUGGACUUACUUUUGUUACCAUAAGAGGUGCUGGCCAUCAAGUUCCAACUUUCACUCCCAAGCAAGCUCUGCAGUUACUUCGACACUUCAUAGAUAAUAAGAAACUACCAUCUCAACCAAUUUAAUCACUUUUCUUUUCAUAUAUGUAACGUUUUCAAGUUUCUUUGGCAUUAUAAGAAUGGACACAAUGUUUAAGAAGCCCACUUUCAAGUUAUUUUUCUUAACA